AUGGACUUGGAAAGCAAGAUCACACAAAUGCAAGAAGAACUUAAUAAUACUCCUAUUAGAAAGGUCAACAAACCGGAUGAUUGGGUGCCGCGCGCUCCUGAAAAAUAUUCGUUAACAGGACAUAGAAAUCCCGUUACGCGCGUUACAUUUCAUCCGGUAUUUUCCGUAUUAGCGUCCGCAUCGGAAGAUACUACCAUAAAAAUUUGGGACUAUGAGACUGGUGAAUUUGAACGUACUCUCAAGGGUCACACCAAGUCAGUCCAAGAUAUAGCCUUUGAUCCUAAAGGCAACUUUUUAGAUUUGACAAUAAAAGUUUGGGAUUUGCAAAAUGAUUAUAAAUGUGUCAAGACUUUAUAUGGACAUGAUCAUAGUGUCUCUUCCGUUGCAUUCUUACCAUCUGGUGAUAUCAUUAUAUCUGCUUCGCGCGACAAGACCAUUAAAUUGUGGGAAUUAUCAUCAGGGUAUUGUACAAAGACUUACAGUGGUCAUUUAGAAUGGGUACGAAUGGUUUCACCAAGUGAGGAUGGAAAAUGGAUCACUACUAGUUCAAAUGAUCAGACUGCACGUCUUUGGGAUGUUACAACUGGAGAGUGCAAGAUGGAAUUUAGAGGUCACGAUCACGUUGUAGAAUGUUCAGUUUUUGCACCCGCUGCUGCAAUUCCCCAUAUACGAGAAAUGAUAGGGCUGGUUGAUCAAAUACUCCCCGGUCAUUACAUUGUGACGGGAUCUAGGGAUAAGACGAUCAAAGUGUGGGAUUCGACAGGCCAAUGUGUGGGUCAUGAUAAUUGGGUGCGUGGUUUAGUUUUUCACCCUAGUGGCAAAUAUCUUCUCAGCGCAUCUGAUGACAAGACUUUAAAGAUAUGGGAUAUGAAAACUGGUCGAUGCACGAAAACUUUGGAAGCGCAUGCUCAUUUUGUUACGUGUAUUGCAUUUAAUAAAACAACUCCUGUUGUGGCUACAGGGUCUGUGGAUCAGACGGUGAAAAUUUGGGCACCAUUUAGGUGA